UACAUACUCAAAUCUCAACCCGUGUCUCUCUCAUCUCUCUGUCUUCCUCUUUCUCUCUCUACAGUCUACACCACUGCAUUUUUUUGUCAAAAAAUGGUUGGCAAAGAGAGAAAGUAGGGAGCUUACAUAAUGAAACCAAAACACAGCUAUAAGAAAUAAUCAUAAUACAGAGAGAGAGAGAGAGAGGUAGAGAGUUUUUUGCUUUCUCCUUUUUCCAAAUUCUACCCCGCCCUCCUCCGGCGGCGGUUUUCACUACCGGAAAAAUUAAAAAAAACAAAAAGAAAAAAAAAACAAACCAUUUUCAUCAACAAACCUAUCCUUGUCCUUCAAUCUGAUCCUCAUUGUAUUAAAACUUUUACCAACAACCCACAUUUACCGAAUCUUGAUUUCGGCCUCUUGUAGUUUUCCUUCAUCCUAGCCAUGACGAUGGAUCAGGGGGUAACGACACCGUUCAGCGGAAUGCUGAACGAUGUCAAAGGAAGGCUAGCUUGCUACAAGAAGGACUGGAUCGAUACAUGCGGCUCGGGUGCAAGGAUUCUGGCUCCAACUGCGUAUAUUUUCUUCGCUUCUGCUCUCCCUGUUAUCGCCUUUGGCGAGCAAUUGAGUCGCGAAACAGAUGGAAGCUUGAGCACUUCCGAAACUCUUGCUUCGACAGCUAUAUGUGGGGUCAUCCAUUCGAUUUUCGGUGGGCAGCCAUUAUUGAUAUUAGGUGUUGCAGAACCGACUAUUAUAAUGUACGCCUACUUAUACAAUUUUGCCAAACACAGUGUAGGAAAGGAAUUGUAUUUAGCUUGGGCAGGGUGGGUUUGUGUGUGGACUGCAUUGAUGCUGUUUAUUCUCGCAAUAUUCAAUGCAUGUACAAUAAUAACUCGAUUCACAAGGGUUGCGGGGGAAUUAUUUGGCAUGCUAAUCACCGUUCUUUUCAUUCAAGAAGCCAUCAAGGGUGUGGUAAGUGAAUUCAACAUUCCGACGGGCGAAAAUGCAUCGGACGAGAAAUACCAAUUUCAAUGGCUUUACACUAACGGUUUGCUCGCGGUUAUAUUCUCUUUCGGCUUACUUAUCACCGCCUUGAAAAGCAGAAAAGCUAGAUCUUGGCGUUACGGUUCAGGUUGGUUUCGGAGUUUUAUUGCAGACUACGGUGUUCCAAUGAUGGUCGUUGUAUGGACUGCAUUGUCGUAUAGUAUACCUAGCCAAAUUCCUACGGGUGUUCCAAGGCGGCUCUUUUGUCCUCUUCCUUGGGAAUCGGAAUCACUGUAUCAUUGGACGGUGAUCAAUGAUAUGGGAAAAAUACCGGCGGGUUAUAUUUUCGCUGCCAUAAUACCAGCUAUGAUGAUAGCAGGUUUAUACUUCUUCGAUCAUAGUGUAGCUUCACAACUGGCGCAACAAAAGGAAUUCAAUCUGAAAAAUCCGUCUGCUUACCAUUACGAUAUUUUCUUGCUCGGAGUUAUGACGCUGCUCUGUGGUUUACUCGGACUUCCACCAUCAAAUGGUGUACUUCCACAGUCACCUAUGCAUACGAGAAGUCUUGCUGUCCUUAAGAGACAGAUAAUGCGUAAGAAAAUGGUGAAGAGUGCGAAAGAGGGUAUUAAAGAGCAAGCGAGCAACUCCGAGAUAUACGGAAGAAUGCACGCGGUUUUCAUUGAGAUGGAGGGUGCUCCAUCUCAUGUUGCGGACAAAGAAUUGGCGAACUUGAAGGAAGCUGUACUAAGCCACGAAGACGGAGAAGCAAAUGACAAUUUUGACCCCGAAAAGUGUAUCGACCUACACUUACCCGUUCGAGUAAACGAGCAAAGAGUUAGCAACUUACUACAAUCCAUACUAGUGGGCCUCUCUAUAUGUAUAAUGCCUGUAAUAAAAAUGAUACCUUCGUCGGUUUUAUGGGGCUACUUCGCCUACAUGGCAAUUGAUAGUCUGCCAGGUAAUCAAUUCUGGGAGAGGAUUCUUCUGCUCUUUGUUCCACCUGGUCGUCGGUUCAAAGUUAUACAAGGCUUCCACGCAUCGUUUGUGGAGUCGGUGCCGUUUAAAUAUAUAUUCAUGUUUACGAUUUUCCAGCUAGCGUAUCUUUUAAUGUGCUUCGGGAUUACGUGGAUACCGAUAGCUGGAAUAUUAUUUCCGCUCCCGUUUUUUCUCCUGAUAAGUAUAAGAGAGCAUAUUCUUCCCAAGAUUUUUCCAGCUCACUGUCUUCAGGAGCUGGAUGCUGCUGAGUACGAAGAAAUCAUCGGACGUUCCUUCAGAACUAGAAGCCUCUCCCUUACGGAUAGAGAAUUACCGGAUACUAAUGGUGAUGAAGCUUCUCCGGAUGUAUCUUCUGCCGAAAUAUUAGACGAGAUGACGACACGCAGAGGUGAAUUAAAGCACAGAUCUGUGAGUUUUAAUGACAGGCAGCUUCAGGCUAUACCAGAAGGCCCUGCUGGAGUAUAAGGAAGAAGUAUGUAACGAAAAUGUCCUAAUCAAAGUAUGUUCUUCAAGAGUUAUCUGUAAGAAACGAGGAAACGAGAAAAAGGAAGAAAUAUAGGAAAAAGCAAAAGUACGAUAUUUUUUUUUCUCGACUCGUUUCCGAAAUUAAUGAGGUUAUAGUUUGUGUGUGCAACUGCACAAGCCCUUCAUUGUUUCUUGCAAUUUUCCCAGAGUGGCCGAGUGAAACGCGAAGAAGGAUAUCGGAGAGCGAAAGACGGUUAGAGAUUAAUAGAACAAAUUAUUCUCUUCCAGCUAUAAAAAAAUUAGAUUUUUUUUCUUUUCAAACUUUUUCCUUUUGCCUCCAAUUUUUAUGAUAUUUUUUUUUAUUUUUUAGUAUUUGAUUCGAUGAGGGUUUACUUCAUCGGAUGUGAAAUUUAGACGGACGACGAAUCGUUUUAUUAUUUUUUAUUAGCUGAAUUAAUUGUUGCAAAUGCAGUUUGUACUAUGUAUUGUAGCAGGCUUGGGACAUUUUUAACUACUCAUGAAUGAUAUAUGUAGUUGAAACAUUGUA